AUGAAAACUUUUCUUCUGUUACUUCAGCUGGCAAUCUUUAGCUUCUCAAAGGUAACUUUUUCAUGAUUAACUUUUUUUACUGAAACUAGUUUAGGGGUACGAUACUCUAACCUGGCAAUCAUCGGUUAGUUUUUUUUGCUUUUUAUUUUUGCAAAACAAUAGUUAGAAAUUUUCUACCAUGUUCCAUUUACUUUCGAAGAAAAAAAAUGAACUCCUCUGGGUUUGAUGAAAAUCUUCGAAGGAAGAAAGUACAAUGUGAUUUUUCAGAAACUUGAUCUCAAAACUCUUCACUUACACUUUUUAAAUCUUCAAUCUAAAUAUUCCUUCGGCAUCUUUAUCAAAGUUUCAGAAAGGAUCCGUUUGUAGUCGGCCAUCUCUGCGUUACCGGUACCAGCGUCAUUUUUCUAGGAUCGUGAGCAGCACUUGCUUACGUAAUACUAGUAACGAAACUUCUAAAAUAAAAAAACUUUCAGCUGGUUUUCCAAAACCAGGCUGCUUCUCGUGGCGAGUCAACAGUGUUAUCCUACUCGUUAAUGAAACCACUGCUGAGGAAAACUUGAACGAUAUUCUCCAGUUCCUCGACUCUGUUCGUUCUAACUCAAUUGAGUACUGAAAAGAACUCUCUUGGACCAACAAAUUGAAAUGAUCUAAAGCUCAAGUCUUUCAGACAACAAGCUCUUGCAAUUCCAACAGCGAAAUGCAGAUGUUCCUUCCUUAUGUGAACGACAUGAAAGACGAAUGCACAAUUUACAAGGUCAACUUUCUGAGAACUUAUCAAUCAAAGUUUAUUUGGGUUCAGUUUGGAACAACACCCCUGCAGAACGCUAAGAAAAAUCUCAACACGGCGAUGGCUUUUCCCAGUAAAAAUAGAACGCCUGGCGACACUCUUUUCGACCUUCUGAAUUCUGUUGUUUGAACUUUAAAACGAACAAAAAAAAACCGAUAUUUUAGAAUGAUUGCCUGAACUUGUACCCAAAAACGAUAGAUGCAGGAAUCCUUUAUGUCUUCACAGAUAUUUCUUGUGAAGACUUCUGCGCCAGUCGAUCGUUAUCCACGAGCAUCCCGGAAACACUGCAAAACAGCGUUGAUGCUGGCUUUGUAGUCCGCUUCGUGCUGCUGAAUAAAACUACGACAGGUCAGCAUUGAAGAAAAUCUUUGUAAGCUCUCCGUUUGCUUUUAUUCUGAUUUGCUGAAACAGCUCUAAUAUCAAAGUUUGAAAUCCAAGUUUAAAAUUUUCGAACUAACCUUGUGAAGAUUCUGAAAUUUUGUUAUUUCAAAUAUAAUGUGUGACCUUCAAGCGGAAGCGUUUGAAUCGUAAACUUUUACAACUUUGGAUUUCAAGUUUACCAUGUAAAAAACUUUCAUUAUUUCCUCCCAAAUUUCAGGGUUUCUUUUUUCUAUUUUAAUUCCACAAGUUUCGAAUAAAAUUGAAUCUGAAAAUUGCGAAAAUUUGUUGAAGGAUGUUUUGGACGCAUGCUCUUCCCAUGUCAGUUAAACGACGACUUAACUUUCUGUGAACUGGUGUCUUCUGACAGAAUCACUGCUGAAUCGGACGUUUUUAAAAUUUGCAUUGACCGUAAUCCUUCUUUUGCUUCUGCGACCCCAGAUUUCCAUCGAGAAGGCCAUUUAAAUCAAGCUGGUACGUUUUCGUUUCUUUUUUUCUUUCAUCUUUUCCAAAACACUGCUUUCAAAAUGGUAACCCUCUUCAUUUCGAUUCCAAUCAUCGCAUGAAAUGUUCAGGAUUGAUUCUUAUCAUUGUUCUUCCUUGUGUGUGUCUUACGAUAUGCUGCGUCGGAGCGUGUAUCAUUUUUUCUCAAUGCGUGAAAGCCAGAAUUGAACACAUGCACGCGGUUCUGUCUGGAGAAAUGCCAAUGGAAUCAUUGGGAAAUCAAAGAAGAUUUUUCAAAAAAUGGGCUGAUUUCGCAAAGUCUCAUAGCGUCGAGGAAGAGUGGGUUUUCAUACCGUUUUGAACAAAAAAAAGUUUUUUUAAAGUUCCAAUCUUCCUACUUCUUCGGCUGCUAAUCAAUACAUGGAAAUUCGAGCGAUUGCAGAAGCCAACAAGUGAGAAUCCCCGAAUAAUUUCAAAACUUUCCGAAAGUUUUCCAGGAAAGAUGUUUGGGAAAUUCCGCAGAAUAAUUUGUUGGUUCACGAAAACCAUAUUCUAGGCAAUGGCGCUUUUGCUAACGUUUAUAAAGGCACAAUUAUAGGUGUACCAAAUUGAAAACUUUGAAGUUAAUUUGGGAAAUUUCAAGGUAAAGUUCCACUUUUUGUCGUCAACAACAGUCUCAAUCUUGCGUUGGAACGAGAGUCUGACACUCAAUAUGAGGUAUAUCAGACUUCAACUUUUUUAAAACUCUUGUCAGCAGGCUGCAAUCAAACGCCUCCCAGCCCAUGCUGACGAACAGAAUCACCGAGAGUUUUUCCAUGAAAUUGAGUUUAUGAAAAAACUAGGAUACCACACGCACGUCAUCAGGUUCAAAAUAUAAUUUUAAAAAAAGUUCUUUACCAUUGCUUUUUAGCAUGUUGGGCUGUGUUUCCAAUCCAUUCGAGCCGCUGAUCGUUGUAGAAUAUUGUGAGAAAGGUGAUCUGCUCAAGUUUUUAAGGCGACACAAAGAUUGCUAUCAGGCGGUUCGUCAUGGUCAACUUUUGAUUUCUAAAUCUUUCUAUUCAGCAUAAAGAUCACGACUGCCAUGGGGAAGCCGAGUUUUGUCUGAGAGUGAAAGAUCUAGUCUCAAUAGCAUGGCAGGUGACUGAUGGAAUGGUGAGAUCUUCUUUUUUUAAACUAUAUACUCGAAAUUUUUAGAGCUAUCUUCAUUCGAAAAAUUUCAUCCACCGAGAUCUCGCCGCUAGGAACAUCCUUCUCACUAGAAACAUGACCGCCAAAGUUUUCUAUCAUUAUACUAUCUAUAAACUUCGAAAAAUCUUGCAGAUCGGCGACUUUGGUCUUUGUCGUUACGCCGAUUCAGCUCUAUACACCACAAGAGGGGGAAGAUUCCCUAUCAAAUGGAUGGCCUUGGAGUCACUCAAACUGUACGAAUUUUCAUUGAAAACAGAUGUGUCAGUUUUUUCCUUCAGUUUAAUUAUUGUUUGCAUGAAAUUUACAGGUGGUCUUUUGGAGUUUUCCUUUUUGAAUUAUUUACUAUGGGAGACGUUCCCUACCCAACUAUCCAACCAACUGAAAUGAUCGAUCACUUGGAAGCUGGAAAUAGAUUGUCACAGCCAACAAAAUGUCCCAAUGAAAUGUAAGAAGCAUUAAAACAAUUUUACCACUUUAUUUAGAUACGAGUUGAUGAAGUUGACCUGGAGUGAAUCUCCAGAAAGUCGCCCAGAAUUCAAUGAGGUUAAAAAAUAAAUUAUGUUGAAAGGAACUUUUUUACAGCUUCGUAGUGAGUUCACAAACAUGCUGAAUCUUGAAGACGAAAGUUACGGUUACUUGUGUUUGGACGAAUCUUCCCAGAAAAGCAGUUUGACCCUGCCGCAAGUAUGUGUGAAAGAAGGGAGAUAAACCUGAAAUCUGCUCACAGGUCAGUCCAACUCUGAGCGAGCAGAUCAAAGAAGACCACAAGCACUUGGAACAUCAUCAUCAUCAUCACUGUCGGGAAAGAUUGCCAACUAUUGCGGACGACGGGGUUCUACUGAACAUUUUGCUCGAAGAAGCGAAAGUCCACAAAGAGGGAGAAAACAGCACAAAAAGAAUCUAUGACGAAGUCAGAAAUGUGCUCCAUGAACAUCUUGGCUCAGAAACCGCCGCCACUGUCUUUUGCGCAAUUUGUCAAAGUCUUCACGAAACUAAGGUCUUGAAACACCAACACAUGUGACCGUUGUUCAUUGUUCAAUUAUUUCUUUUUGAUCUCAGCUAGUUGAAAACGAAUAUUCCUGAUUUCUGGAUUUUUUUUUUUGCAUAUUAUGAUUUCCCUCUCCAACUCUAUGAAUAAACUUUCUUACGUUUCUUUUAGAAUGUAAUAAAAAAACUUGUGUUUUCUUGUUUAUUUCCAAGCUUCGCACCACGACCAUUUCAUUCAAAAUCGUGAAAACUGCAUACUCAAGCAUGAAAAUGAAAUGCUACACUAAAAACCGCUGCAUGAAAUUCAACUAGAAAAUUUCAAUACAUAUUCUUAACUCCCCAGAUAUCGCUUUUCUUUUGAAAGAGGCUGCUUUUGUUGGAUCGAUACAAAUAUCGAAAAAAAACGGAGUUUUGGAGCUUACAUAGUUCGAAAACUGGAAUGAAUUCCCAAAAUUUUUUCACAUAUGCAGAUAAAUUCAAUUCGGUUCACAUAUACGUGUAAUAACGCGUGUCACAAAUAGAGUUUAUCAAAGAUUCAUUGUGUUCGAAAGGAGGAAAAUGACCUCAAGUUUUUUUUUAUAUAUUUUCCUCGAUAACAUUUUUUUUAUUGAUUUCAUGAAAAAUGUUAUAUUCAAUUUUUUUAUAUAAAGCUUUUUUUCCCGACUUCUCAAAAGUAGAAGAAAGCUUCAACUGUAUUGAACAUAUGCUAUUCAAGAAAAAACACUAAAAAAAGGGUUAAAAAGAAAUAAAUCAAGCGUUUCGAUUGGGCGCGCCGUAGCGCAACAGGUUGUGUGCCUGUCUACGGUCCACAGGGUCACAAGUUCGACCCCCGCCCCGACCCAACCAAGGGGUUUAAGAAAUGUUGGUAGUGGGGAGCCACGACUUCAAAAUCCCCAGCCGUCACACACAAGGACGGAUAUGUCACUGGAGCCAGUCCACUGAUAUCAGGAUAGGACCUCGGCUAAUCGACUUGGGGCGCCGACACCGCUCAAGCGGUACAAAGGCGUAAGAAGAAGAAAAUCAAGCGUUUCGAUUAAUGGCAUUCUGGACGUUGGUUUGAAGAUAUCCCGUCGGCAGACGUUUUGUCAGUGAUUUUAGACUUUUUUUUUUCAAAAAAUUGUAGAAUUUGCUAUAUAUUAAUUCAUAGCUCAAAGAAAAGAGUUUUCAUAGUGUUUCAAAUUAUGGAGCUUCAAAACCAUGAAAUAAUGCAUUUUCUCAUUUUUUUCGUAAAGUUUUUUUAAAUGUAAAACUAUCUGACUUAAAAAAAGGAUAUGAUGUGAAACAUUUUUCUAUCCUGAAAUCGAGGUCCUGAAAUAAACUUCGACCAUCGAAAAUUCAUCAGGGUCUGAAAGAAGUUUUUAGCACAAAAAAUCUUUUUUCGUAGGAUUUAUGUGAAAUUUACUUUGAUAUUUCAAACCAGCAAUGAAAGAACUAUAAAAUCUAAUUCCUAUUUUCAUCGCCAAAAUGUCUUUUCUCGGCACAGCAAAAAUCUUGAAUCGCCGAGAUUCGGGGCAGCCGUGCAGCACCCGUCACAAUUUUGGAUAAAUACGUCUUUUCGGGUCCUCCGUUGUGCGUCGCCCUUUGCAAACAGUGUUCGUUCUUGAGCACGACGUUGGCCCAUCUGGAAAGGCCGGACCUUGUCGGUCACUGGAGACCUGUGUCAAUUCGAAGUUUUUCUCUCUAGGAUCCUGAAUUUCAUUCUUUAUCAAAUCAUUAAUUCAUGUUUUUCAUCUUCAUUUUUUCUUCGGCUUUGAAACCAAUUCAUUAGAGGCGUUUUGAAGCUUUUUGCGUUUUCUCAAAUCCAGAUUAACUUCCUAUCGACGCGAACUUUAAUCUUACUUUUGUUUCCUUAUGGUUGUAAGAAGCUUAGAAAAAGACAUUCGCCAGUCUAUGUUCCUUCUCAAUUAGAAAGGUUUUGCCGGAACCCAGCAUUUUCGAUUCUAAAAAAGCAAAAAUAAAGCGAUCUAUAUCUUGCGAUUAAGUAUGUGGAGUUUGAUAGUUUGGAAAAUAUUUUUAAAUAUGUUUCUAACGACGGAUUCUUUAUUAAUUCAAAGUUUUUCAUCUUCUGUUUUUGUUUUUCUAUGCGUCUAUAAGCAGAGUUAUUUUGAUGGAUUGCUAUUUCCUUUAGAAAUGCGCAUCAAAAAUUAUUUUUCAUCGAGGAAUGACAUCAUUCCGUUGUCGAAAUUUUAGCUUCUCUCGAAAAUCAAAGCUUUGCGUGUAUUCACCAACGUCUUCUGGGCGAUUUUCGCUUCGCAAGCCAGCCAGCAAGCAGAAAAACCGGUUUGGUGCGGUUCGACUACCGCCAGACCCCCAUCCGUGUCCCUCUUUGCUGUCUCUGCUUUCGACGCUCCAACUUCCUUUUGA